CGCAAUUAUAGUACCAAGGUACAACAAAUAUUUGUUCGUAAGAAUAAAGCUUAUUUUCAUUUGAUUUAUAUAUAAGAAAAAUCAAUAAUUGUUAAAUAAGGGUUAGAAGUCGCCAGCUCACAAACAACUAUAAUAUUGUAUUGAGUUUGUUUAAGAGCCACUGUUUUGACAGGUAAAAGAAACGUCAAAACAACCUGGAAUUCCUGUAAUAAAUAUAAACGAACUUCCGAGCAAAAAACCUUCAUAAUAUGAGACGUAUCUUACGUAGUUUUUUAAAUACGAAAUUUCUUGUAUAAAUCCGUCCAAAUCUAUACUAUGGUGAGCAUACCUAUUUCCGCCUGAAAUCUCAACCUAAAUAGUUAAAAAUAACAAUUAAAAUGUCCAAGGUGGAGGAGGACGUGGAGCUGGUGGACCUGCUGGCUCAAACUUUAGAAAAAAGUGGGUGCCUUGCAAAAAUUAAGGCUGAACUAAGAGCCAGCACAUUUCUUGCCUUAGAAGAAGAUCUACAGCUAAGCCAGAAACAGCCUUUGAAGAACCUACAAGUGAAAUCUUACCUGGAGACACCAGAGGGUCAAAUCAUGUUCUCCCUGGUCCAAGAAUUUUUGGAAUUCUUCAAUUUACAGUUCACCUUGGCGGUAUACGAACCGGAGAGUUACCGCGGGACUUACAAGAGUCCCAGCCGUCAAGAGCUUAUAAAAGAUUUGGGAUUAAGCAACGAGCCGACGGUGCCUUUGUUGCAACAACUAUUAAAAAUUGCUCAAACCAAAAACAACCGAGUUUUAGAUAUUAAUUUGAAUUUAAACGGUAGCGAGAGCAGCAUAAAAAGGGAUAGUGGAGGGCCGUUUAAUAAAACUUACGAGGUCAACAGUCCCGUUGCCCUUAAUAAUAAUAAAAAUAGUUUGCAAGGAAUUAUAGAGGAGCCCCCUUCGAUUAGUGAUUUGAAUGAUAAAUGUGUUUUGAAUAAACAGGAUACAUAUGAGGAUACCAGUUCUAUAGCAGAAGACUGUGAAUCCCUGAAGUCUGAUGUGCCUAUAUUAUAUAAAAGUGCCUCGUCCAGUUUGAAGUCUGAUACUAAACACUCAACUAAUGAUAUUUUGCCUCCCCUUUAUGCAGAUUUUAAAAGUAAAACAAGCAAUUUGAAGGAUUUGGGGACAAUGUUCGACAAUGAGGUUAAUUACGAGGAUGAUUUCAAUGAGUCUGAGAGUGUUAAUGAGCAAGACAGUAGUGCUAAAGUAGAUUUGCUCAAUAUGGUUAAUAAGAAGAAAGAUGGUUUUUAGGUUAUUGUAUUGUUUUUAAUUAGCAGUUGCUCUCUAGAGGGCAGCACGGUGACUGAUCAAACAUUUAUUUCUUAAGUAAAAGUGCCUUUAAAGUUAAUAAAAGUGCUCAAGCUCACUGGUAUAAGGUAGUGUCAUAAUCGUUUUAGCACAGUACAAAGGUGCUUUAAUUUAGGUGUAUGUGCUUAUUGGUAUCGAUCAUUGUCAAACAGGCAGAACUGAUGAAAAACUUUGUUUACAUAAAUUAACAUUCCUAUAGGUAGGUACUUAAGUGAACAAUGUGUGCCUUAUUUAGUGCUCCUUUUUGGCGAUUAACCCAUAACUUACUUGUAAUAAAAUUUUUAUCUUAAAAA